CUGACAGUGUAGUAAUAUGAAAGAAGCAUGGAGAUAAUCUGCGUUUUUCGUUAUUACUUUUUGUCCGUAACGUGAGACAACCAUGUCCACCAAGUGUUUAUCCGCCGCUACGUUUAGCCCUUUUCUACUGAGCUGAGGCAUGAAGAGCAGGAAACCGAGGCUCGCUAAAGCUGGAGGCAGCAGAAGGAAAGUUUCCAGCGACAUUUUUCCAUCAACAAGUCUGCCUCCUUUAGUGGAGGGCCAGCUCAGAUGCUUCCUGCGGGUGACAGUCAGCCGUGUGUUAUGGACAGUUCACAAACCCCCUUCAAACACAUUUGUCAGGCUGCGCUGGUGGGGGGAGACCUCCAAUGGAACCCACUUCUUUCCUAGAGAUGGAUCACAGGCAUCACAGAAGUCAGUCAAGACAACAACACGUUUCCCCAUUCGCUGUGGACCAAAGCAGUUCACUUCAUACCUAACAGACAUGGGUUACAUUGUACUUGAAGUCCUCACAAAACCUGACCAUUUACCAAUUGCACGAGCUCAAGUGGCUGGCAUCCCCCGUCUUUCUCUGUCUCACCCCAUAAGUGGAUUCUACACACUUGUUUCGCCAACAUCUGAGAAGAUUGGAGAAUUGCAGGUUUCACUUUGUUUAGAGCCUCUGACUGAAGCCUAUGACAGCAGCAGUUCAUGCCCUCCCACAGACAUAAGCAUUGACAAAGCACCUCAGGAAAUAAUGUCUUCUCAACCCAAGGUCUCUGCUUGCAAUGGAAAGGAGUCAUCUGAAAGCCCCAGUGGAAACACGCCAAGAGGGAAAGAUCAUCUAUAUUUCCAAAGAAAUGAGCAAAACAAGGCAUUACCUGAUAACCAGGCAAUUGACAACUGCCCCACGUUAGCAAAUCCUGCAAGCAGUGGUAAUGAGCCAACUAAUGAUAUGCUCUCAGUGAUUUUAGAGCGUGGAAACAAACUCCGGGAUGCUAUGGUAGCAUCAGCUAUUAAAACUGACAUAAACACUGCCCCGAAUGUCAUUGAUGCUCCCUUUUCUCUCUUAUGUGAUAAUAUCCAAUUCAACACCAAGCCUCCCUCCCCACCUCCUGGUACAUUACUUCAAAAUAUACUGCUUGGAAAUGCAAACAUGGAGACUGCUGUCUGUGACCAAGGCGUAGACAUUUCUGACAUAGACCAAAAGGCUGUGGAUCUGCUUCUUGGCAGUACAUCUCCUCUUCCUCUCUGGGAUGACUUAUCAGCUCUGUCCAACCCAAGCAGCCUGUGUGGAGACAGUGAACUGAAUGACCCACAGUAUGAUCUGAGCUUGUUGGAAAAUCUCUUCUAUAAAUCCCCUGCCAUUGAUGAACAAACUGCUAAUACAGAGUUGUGUGAACAAACUCAACAACAAAAACACAACACACCAGGAGCAACUGAGCAACCCCUGAAGCAGCCUGAAACCACAACAAAUGGAGUGGAAGACAUGGUUUCUCACAGCCUUUCUGCAGAUCAGUUAAACAGACUGACCUCUGUCCAGCUGCUGAGGGUCUGUGUAGAUUCUCUGGCUGUUCCCUCUGAAAAAUUGUCUCCUUCAUCUAGAAAUACCAGCAAAGGCAAACCUCCACGACCCCUAUCUACUAAAAAAUGCACAUAUUUUGUUGAGUAUGUUUUGCCACGAGUGUCUGUCGUACAUCAUAAUGCCGAAGAAGUGACCCGAGCAGUUUCCAGUAAGAUUACAGGAGAAGCUGUGAAGUUCAGUCAACGCUCUUUGUUUCCUGUCCACUUCAGUACAGCGGCUGUUAAACUUUGGUGGGAAACUGAUCUUAUCUUUAGAAUAUAUUUGAGAAGAAGCAACCAAAAAAAGCCUAUUUUAUUUGGGAAAGCAAUUCAUCCACUACGUAGUUUGCUGCUUAGCAAAUCAUUGUCUCAGUCUCUAUUGCUGCCUGUAAGUGUGGAAGAAGAGAGAGAAGCAAAAGAUAUUGGACCGCUAAAGGUGACUCUUGAGCUUGUCACAGGGAAGAAAGACUUAGAAAUACCUACACAGACAUUGACGCAAAGAGACACAACACCUUGGGAUACAAGAGCCACUCCAGCGAAUGCACUAUCUGGACAUAAGAAAGUUUCUGCAGAGGUCCCAGUUAUGGAAGUUUCCAUGAGUCCUACCAGACUCACAGGAGAAGGUCUUUUUCCAGACAGCUUUUACACUUCCCUGUGUCAGCACAGAGAUCAGCCGACAGUGGAGAGCACAGAUGUUUUGUUACACACUUUACUCAUGGUGCCUAAUGGACACUUUCCGUGUUCCCCAUUGCAAUCUCCAAAUUUAUACUUGAACUGUAAGCUGUUCUGGUGUGAUGAGACCGCGAGAUCCCAUGUCGCUUGGGGACAGGCAAACCCUACAUUUAAUUUUGUGCAGAUGACCCCUGUUGCUUUGACAUCUAAACUGCUGGAGCGCAUGAAGAACAAUGUCAUGGUGAUCGAGGUUUGGCAAAAGAUCGGAAGUCCAAAGCAGGAUCACCUUGUUGGCCUUGUUAAACUACCUCUUCACCAGUUCUACAUGUCAUUCAGAGAUGCAAAGAUUGCACUUCUACUUCUCCAAGCUCAGUACCCAGUAUUAGGAGUGGACUGCUACAUGCCUGUCAUAGAUGUUUUCUCAGGCAAUUGCAAAGGAAACCUUAAAGUUAUUUUAGCUAUGGGUCGAUCAGAACAGAUUUCUGCCCUUCAGUCAGCAAGAGGUGAAGAAUAUCAUUCUCCUGCACCUGUGGUGAGACCAGUCCAUCUUUUGGAUCAUCAGCCACAUUCAAAACAGAAUAAGGUGACCAGAACAUCUAAUGAAAUAAUGAAGGAGCAUGUGUUUGUGAUAAAAGUGGAAAAGGUUGUCGGGCUGACACCUCUGCAGUCCACUGUGUGGGGUGAGGCUGACUGUUACAUUCAAUACACUUUCCCCUGUCAAGAAGGAGAUCUCACUGCAAAUAUAGACCUCAUAGAAAGUACCAUCAACUUAAAACCAUUUCGCACCACCACUACCCUUUGCGUCCCUGACCCUUUAUUUGGCCACACUGAGAGACAUGUGCUUUUGGCUCCUGAAGGAGUCCCCAUCCAGAAGGUCUUACUCAGCUCUCUGUCCUGCCAGGGCCUGAGUGGUGGGGGCGGAGUACAGUUUGAAGUGUGGUGUCGAUAUUACUAUCCAAAUGUGCGAGAUCAGCUUGUGGCUAGAGGAACGCUUCCAUUGUCCAAACUGUGCGCCAUGAUAACCAUGCAGAGACUGCACAAUGAGGCACAAAUGUUCUCACUGCCACUGAUUCCAAGGACUGACACAGAUCACCAGCCUCAGCCUUCAGGUUUGCUGGAUGUGUGUGUUCAAUACAAACACCGGCCUGUGAGGCCAGAGGGACAGAUGGGAAGAGGAGCUGCAUCUCGUGUUGUGACAUUGGUGAUACAAAUCCACAGAGCGUCUGGGUUGAAAGCUGCUGCCAGGACAGUGGCAGAGACAAAUGAAAAGUUCAGCUACUACACUUCUGUGGGUGUGAACAGCUACAUCACAGCUCAGGUCUCCUUUUUGCCCGAGCGUGAAACGAGAUGCACUCGAAUAGUGACACGAUCCUUCAGUCCAGAGUUUGACCAUUAUAUGGAGAUGUCAUGUGACCUGUUACUUCAAAGGAGCACAGGGGAGUCGCUCAGUCUGGCAGAGCAGCUGGAGCAGGCCUCUGUCAUUUUUACCGUGUGGAACAGAGAGAGUCGAAAAGGAGUUGAAGCCUCCCAACCAAAAGAUGUUCAGUUGGGUACAGUUAAUGUACCACUUGCUAAUUUGAUCUAUAAAAGAACAGGCAUUUCAGGCUGGUUUGGACUGCAUGCAUUAAAACAGACUUCUUCUGAAGAGCAGCCGAUAUUGGUUGGGGGUGUUGAAAUUUCCAUCAGCUUUGCCCAUCACUCAGACAGAGAAAGAGUCAUCAAAGCUGCGCAGGGCCUGGGCUGUGAAAUGGCCCAUAAAGUUGAUGUAAGAGAGGAUGAUGAGGAGUUUUGGGAGGAAAACCUCAGUAAGAUUUCAUUGACUUUUUCGGUACCUCGAGCCUGGAUACCUGUGCACUGCCUGCUUCUGCCCGGCCUCAGAGAGAUGCAGCGCACAACCUACUGCUACUUUAGAUACAAGUUUUACGACCAAGAAACUUUCUGUUCUCACAUGAAGCACCCAGUCAUUGAGGAGGAGAGUGUCGCCACAGUCAGUUUUGAAGGAAGCACAACAGUGGAGCUGAAAAGGACUCAACCCCUAAUUUGGUAUCUGUGUGAAGAAAUGCUUGAGAUUCAAAUGUGGGUAGCUGUCACCAAGGACAAAAGUCAAAGGCCCUGUGAUACAGACAGACUGGUGGGCUCAGCCUUUCUUGAUCUGUCCGCACUUGCUAAAAUGUCUAAACAGAAACUUACAUUAAGUGGAGUUUACCCAAUGUUUAGACGUUCUGCGGCUGAUCUGCAGGGAGCCGCCCUCAGGGUCCACAUUACGCUGGCACUGGGUCCUGGUCCGAGGAUGACGGCUCAUACAGACAUUGAUGAAGAAGAGCUUUUAUCUGAUGAAGUGGAUGAUACAACAAAAAAAUCUAUUGAGAGAUCGCAUCAAAAAACAACUUCGAGAAAAACGGACAUUACAACUGUGCAGCAUACAGAGAUGGACUAUAAUGCAUCAUUCCCUGUGACUAUUAUGGUAGAUAAAGCCAUGCACCUAAAUCUGAAAGGUUGUCCCCUCACAGAUCGCAGUGAAGGGACCCCUAGUUGUUGUGUCUCUUAUGUCACUGCAGACUCAGCUGAACCUGUCUCUACAGCUGUGGUUACCAACAAUGACAGCCCAGUGUGGGACCACCAACACGAGUGCAGACUUCCAAAGGACUUACUUGUGGAUCCCCAACAAUCUCUUGUCUUCAAAGUGUGGCACAAAGGAGAGAUCGAGAGGGUGAUUGGAUUUGCUUCAGUCGACCUAACACCAUUGCUCUGUGGCCUGCCCUCUGUCUGUGGCUGGUACAACAUUACAGACUUUAGCGGUCAAUGUCAUGGCCAACUCAAAGUGGCCGUCACACCGCUUCAUAGAAUCCAUGACCUCAGGCUGCAAAGAAAGACAGUGUGCGAAGAAACGCCUACUAACUCAUCAGGUUUAUUCCAAGGCCAUCCGAUCAGUUAUCACACAACAGCCAUCUACAGCAGUUUCCCCUCGCACAUCAGCCGCUAUCCCGAACAGAACAUCUCCUCUCCAGACCACACAGAGAUACUGUUCUCUGAAGGAUCAAGUGUGAGUGACCGUCAUUUUGAACACAUGGACAAAGUGCGGCUUUACCAUCAGAGCCUCCACGAGCAAAUUACUGCUCCUCCUGCCAGUGGUACCGGAGACCUAAAUCCAUCCAGCUCAAUCCUGUUUUCAGCUCUAAGGAAAAAACUAGGUGAGCUUGACAAUAUUCAAAGAUACUUCAGUCGCAAGCUCUCAGCUCCCACUUUUCCAAUGAGUGAUCAAGGUGUUAUCCAUAAACCAGAAGCGCAGAAAACCUCUGAGAUGGACACUGACCACCUCCUGCUCAAGUCCAGUAUGUUAGUCGGACAAGUCAACAGUAUCAUUGGUGGUCUCCAAGAACAGCAUUUGGAAACCAUACCCUCCAUCCCACAGAGUAACCCAAAUUAUUCUGUCAAAGACCCUGUCCCUCAGACUCCACAUGAGACCCCAGAGUCUUCUCAUAAUAUGCCUACGACUUCACAACAACCACUUUUGACAAAUGAAGACACGAUACACUCUAGCCACGGACAAGACUUUCAAAACGAUGUGAACUCUCAGAUCCGAUCAGAAGAGGACCAAACACAAGAGACGGAUGAUGAAGAGGGACCAGGUUGUAAAAUAGACCAAGAUGCAGAGGAUGAUGAUGAAGAUUAUGAAGAUUAUGAGGAAACUAUUGUCAGACCUCGACAUCUGAAUGAACUGACAUCUUUAACAGAUAAAACUAGCCCCUGGACUAGCAUUUUAUCAGAUCCUGAUGUAGUUUCUCUUGAAAGUAUUGACACUGAAAUAAGUCAUGGUGAAAAAGUGGAACACCUGACCACAGAGCUGCUCAUAAAGGAUUCCAGUUGUAAUGCCAGUUUUAACUGUGAAGAGGACAAUAAGAGGGAUAACAUUUCAGAAAAGGAGGAGUCCAAUACAGAUGAAGAAACUCCCAGGACAUGUGAAAGUUUACAUUUGAAAAUACAAGACAAGAAGCCAGCAUUUAACAGUGAGUCAGAGGAUGAGGCAUUUGGAGCUUCCUCAAGUGGAAUCCACAAUCCCAUCAGUACAGAGAAGAUUGAUGACCCACAACCAAAGCCACCGGUUAUUCCGGAGGUGCCAAAUUUCUUCCUCCCUCCUCACCAGAUGGAAGCAUCUAUGAAAGCCAUACGUUUGGCUCCAUCUUUUUCACAAUCUCCCGUCGACCUUGGACCCAGUGCUGCACCUGCAAGAGGUCCUAGGUCACGCCCCAACAUGUCACCUUCAUCUUUGAGGAAGGAGACGGACAGAAUAGCUAGAAUAUUUGCAGUUCCACAAGAUCAUCCACAGAGACAUCAAACCUUCAAACCUGCUGCUGGGGGAUGAUGGUCAUGUGAAGAUUGCAGAUUUUGGAGUCAGUCGAGAGUUUAAGGGUGCAGAUGCUCUGCUGUCAGGCACCGCUGGGACCCCCGCCUUCAUGGCCCCUGAAACUAUGACCGA